AUGGAGAACCAGACUCUGCAUGAGUUCAUCCUCUUGGGUUUGACAAAUAACCCCAGACAGCAACGUAUUCUUUUCACACUUUUCCUGCUGCUGUACAUAGCAUGUUUGCUGGGGAAUGGGGCCAUUUUGGCAGUAGUCCUGGCUGAACCACAGCUCCACACCCCCAUGUAUUUUUUUCUGGGAAAUCUCUCAUGCCUGGACAUAUGCUACUCUACAGUUACUGUGCCACGAAUGUUGAGCGAUUUCCUCAGGGGCCACAACACUAUUUCUUUUAUUGGCUGCCUGACUCAGCUCCACUUCUUCCACUUCCUGGGCAGCAGUGAGGCUCUGCUUCUUGGUGUUAUGGCAGUCGACCGCUAUGUGGCCAUAUGCAACCCUCUACGUUACACCAUCAUUAUGAGCAAAUGGGCUUGCCUUGCACUGGCUAUGGCCACCUGGACUGCUGGUUUCUUUCAUGCCCUGAUGCACACAGUGGUGACAUCCCAGCUAUGGUUUUGUGGACCCAAUUGUGUUCAGCACUUUUUCUGUGACAUCAAGCCCCUGCUAAAAUUGGCUUGCAGUAGCACUUCCCUCAACAUCACCCUCCUUAACAUUGUCACUGGUUCUAUUGCUCUGAGUUCCUUCUUUCUCACUCUUCUCUCCUACCUCUAUAUCAUCUCCUUCCUCUUCUUCAAAGUCCAGUCAUGGCAGAGCCGUUGGAAGGCCUUCUCCACCUGUGCUUCCCACCUGACAGUUGUGGCUGCCUUCUAUAUCCCAGUUCUUUCCAAUUAUGUGCUUGCUUCUGCCAAUGGGUCUUCUGAAAGAGACAUGGCCACCUCUGUCUUGUACAGUGCAGUAACGCCUGUUUUAAAUCCUCUAAUUUACACUUUGAGGAAUCAAGAGGUGAAAUCUGCUUUGAAAAAGAUUUUAAAACAGAAACUCCUCUUUGGAAGACCAUGA